AUGGCACCCACCUUUGAAGAAGCCCUCACCUCUACCUUUACCCUCGCGACUCCCCCCAAAGGCCCUCUGGCGCGCUACCGACUCCUGUCUCCCACAGCAGGAGUGAGAGUCAGCCCGCUGUGCUUGGGUGGUUUAAACAUUGGUGAUGAGUGGAAAGCCCUCAUGGGCGAAAUGACCCAACCCCAAGCCUUCUCCCUCCUCGACUACUUCUACUCGGCCGGGGGCAACUUCAUCGACACGGCCAACGCCUACCAAAAGGAGCAGUCUGAGCAGUGGAUCAGGGAGUGGAUGGCCCGGCGUGGGGUCAGAGAUCAGAUGUUCAUCUCAACCAAAUACAGCAACAACUUCCGCGCCGGCCACGGCGAAACCGAGAUCAUGGCCAGCUACAUCGGCAACGGCACCAAGUCAUUACACACCAGCGUUCACGCCUUGUUAAAGAAGCUACAGACGGGGUACAUCGACCUGCUCUUCGUCCACUGGUACGACUACGCGACUUCAAUCCCGGAGCUGAUGCAGAGUCUCAACGUGCUGGUCAAUCAAGGAAAGGUUCUGUAUCUUGGGAUCAGCGACGCGCCGGCGUGGGUGGUGACAAAGGCGAAUCAGUACGCGAGGGAUCACGCGCUUAGGGGGUUUAGUGUUUACCAGGGUGAGUGGUCAGCUGUGGCGAGGGAUUUUGAGAGGGAUGUUAUACCGAUGUGUAGGGAGGAGGGGAUGGGGAUCAUGCCUUGGGGUGCGUUGGGGGGUGGGAAUUUCAAGAGUGAGGAGGGGGGGGGUGAAAGGGGAAGGGUUCACGCGCCGGUUGGGGAGAGACAUGUCAAGGUUGCUAAGGCGUUGGGACGGGUGGCGGAGAGGAGGGGGACGAGGUUGACGAGUGUGGCGCUGGCAUAUGUGAUGCAGAAGGCGCCGUAUGUUUUUUCGCUCGUGGGGGGGAGGAAGAUUGAGCAUUUGAGGGAGAAUAUUGAGGCGUUGAAGGUGAGGUUGGAGAGGGAGGAUUUUGAGGAGAUUGAGGGAACGGUGGAGUUUGAUUUGGGUUGGCCGAAUAAGUUGCAGUUUGGGGGGGGGUUGCCAGAGAAUAUGCAGGAUUUUUGGUUGAUGGGGACGGCGGGGUGGUUUGAUAAUGUGCCGGUUGUGAAGGCUAUUGUGCCGGCCAAGGAGGAGGAGGCUGGUGAUCUGAGUAGUGAACAUGCGGAUGGGGCUAAGAUGGUGUCGUUGGUGAGUGGUGGGUGGAAGGGGGUCAAAGGGGAGUAA